GCUUCAUUUUGUUUGGGUUUCUCACUCGUUUCUGCUCCUCUUUUACGGUUUCAAUUGGUUUUUGUCUUCAGCAGCUGCUCAAUUCUGUUUCAGUGAGUGAGUGAGAGAGAGAGAGAGAGAGAGAGAACAAAAUGAAGAGUUUGCAGUGAUGGGUACGGUAAGAAAUGCUGUAGAAGGGGAAGAGAAGGUAAGGAUAAUGGAGUGGGAGAAACAAGAGCAGCAGCAGCAGCAGCCGCAGCAACAGCAAAAUGCUGGGGUGAUGUACGUGAAAGUUAUGACAGAUGAGCAGAUGGAGCUGCUUCGGAAACAAAUCUCUAUUUACGCUACCAUUUGUGAGCAGCUCGUCGAGAUGCACAAAGCCAUUACUGCUCAGCAGGAUCUCGCUGGAAUGAGGCUGGGAAAUCUAUAUUGUGACCCACUGAUGGCAUCAUCUGGACACAAAAUAACUGCAAGGCAGCGAUGGACUCCUACACCCAUCCAGCUCCAAAUUCUUGAACGUAUCUUUGAUCAAGGCAAUGGGACUCCCAGCAAGCAGAAGAUCAAAGAGAUAACUUCUGAGUUGACACAACAUGGACAGAUUUCUGAAACAAAUGUUUAUAACUGGUUCCAGAACAGGAGGGCUAGAUCAAAAAGGAAGCAACAGGUUUCGAUACCAAAUAAUGCGGAAUCGGAAGUGGAGACAGAGGUAGAGUCCCCAAAGGAAAAGAAGACAAAGCCAGAGAACAUUCACUUUCAUGAGAAUCAAGCUCAAAAGGCUGAGGACCUAUGCUUCCAAAGUGCUGAGAUAAGCUCUGAACUGCACUCCUUAGAUCCACAUCCAACUAAAAUGGAGGCCACGUUCCCAUUGGAUGGGAUUGAUCACCUGAUUAGAAAAAUGGAAGUCCCAGGGAGCUACAAUCCUUAUCGACAGGGGGAAGGCUACAAUAUGAUUGGGUGAUGCUUUUCUCAUCCAUAGUCUUCUUUAAUCAAAAACAGGCAGGGCGAUAUUUUGUCAUAAAGUUAUGCAGCAAUUAGAAUCCAGGUCCAUGACUGUUUGAUAAUAGUGGACUUGGUAACAGUUGAAAAACAGAACAUUUAAUUGUGAAAAUAUAUGAAUCAUACAUAACAUAGUUAACAUUUACCAUCAUACAGAGAAGUUAGAUUUAGCAGGACUUUUUUUUGAAAGACUUGAGAGUCAUGGAUUCACAAUCAAACUCCAAAAAACUGGGUCAUUUGGACGAACAAGUUUCAGUAAGGGAAUAUAUGUGCUACUUAACCAGCUUGAUAUACACGUAGUGCUAAUUUAUAAUUGAUCAUUGAACUUUUGAUUUAUCUGUUGUUCAUGUUAAUUGUGUUUAUAUGUCAUGAACAUUAAGGGGUGUGAUCGUGUUGUGUGGAGUUCUCAGACGUUUUGAUAUUGAACAGACAUGCUCCGGAAAGGGAGCUUUAAGCUUUGUACUCUGUAUAUUUUCUUGCUAUUAGUCAAAUACUAUUGGAGUUGGAUUGUAAUGUUUUAUAUA